AUGCCAGAUCCUACCAAGAAAGCGACCGCAUACGGUACUUCCACAUCAGACACCUCCUUCCGGAAAACAUGGGAUCGCGAAGAAUAUGCGCAAAAGGCCGCCGCAACUGAAGCCAAGUCCAAAGAAGAGUCCAAAGCACGGUACGAAGCCAAGCUAGCCGGGAAAAAAUACCAUGCCCCCGUCGACUUUAGCUCUCUCGAAGCCACGAGCUCUCGGUCUGAACGGCUAAAUGUCGCAUCGAUGGUUGGUAAGACCACCAUCAUACCCGCUGGGUCUGCCGUAGGCAAAAGGGGUCGUGGAGCCGGAUUCUACUGCCCGGAUUGCGACCUUACGUACAAGGAUAACAUGCAGUUUGUUGAGCAUUUGAAUAGCAAACAGCAUCUGAUUGCGACGGGGCAGAGUGGGGAGGUUGUCAAGGCUACUGUGGAAGAUGUCCGGCAGAGGUUGAGAUGGUUGUCACAUAAGAAGAGGAUGGUGGAGGAAGAGGAGCGGAAGGCGGGACAGUUAGAUCUUGGGGAGAGGUUGAAGACGAGGGAGGAGGAGGAGGCGAGAGAGAGGGAGGAAAAACGUAGGAAGAGGAAUGAGAAACGGAGGAAAAGGGGGGUUAAGCAGGAGGACAGUUGGGAGGGUAGACUGGGGAUAAUUUCUUAA